AUGCCGAUCCGCAGGGGCCACGUCGCGCCCCAAAAUACUUACCUGGACACCAUCAUCCGCAAGUUCGAGGGCCAGAGUCGAAAGUUCCUGAUCGCCAAUGCUCAGAUGGAGAACUGCGCCAUCAUUUACUGCAACGAUGGCUUCUGUGAACUCUUUGGCUACUCCCGAGUGGAGGUGAUGCAGCGACCAUGCACCUGUGACUUCCUCACCGGCCCCAAUACCCCACGCAGUGCCAUGACCCGCCUGGCGCAGGCCCUGCUGGGGGCUGAGGAGUGCAAGGUGGACAUCCUCUACUACCGCAAGGAUGCCUCCAGUUUCCGCUGCCUGGUGGACGUGGUGCCCGUGAAGAAUGAGGACGGAGCCGUCAUCAUGUUCAUUCUCAACUUUGAGGAUCUGGCCCAGCUCCUGGCCAAGAGCGGGAGCCGCAGCCUGUCCCAGCGCCUGUUGUCCCAGAGCUACCUGGGCUCCGAGGGCUCUCACGGCAGGCCCGGUACACAGGGGCCUGGCACGGGCAGGGUCAAGUACAGGACCAUCAGCCAAAUUCCGCAGUUCACACUCAACUUUGUGGAGUUCAACCUGGAGAAGCACCGCUCAGGCUCCACCACGGAAAUUGAGAUCAUCGCACCCCACAAGGUGGUGGAGCGGACCCAGAAUGUCACGGAGAAGGUCACCCAGGUCCUGUCCCUGGGUGCAGAUGUGCUGCCAGAGUAUAAGUUGCAGGCGCCACGCAUCCACCGCGGGACCCUCCUGCACUACAGCCCCUUCAAGGCCGUAUGGGACUGGCUCAUCCUGCUGCUGGUCAUCUACACGGCCGUCUUCACACCCUACUCAGCCGCCUUCCUGCUCAGCGACCAGGAUGAGUCUCAGCGCGGGGACUGCAGCUACACCUGCAGUCCACUCACCGUGGUGGACCUCAUCGUGGACAUCAUGUUUGUCGUGGACAUUGUCAUCAACUUCCGCACCACCUAUGUCAACACCAACGAUGAGGUGGUCAGCCACCCCCGCCGCAUCGCCGUCCACUACUUCAAGGGCUGGUUCCUCAUUGACAUGGUGGCAGCCAUCCCCUUCGACCUGCUCAUCUUCCGCACUGGCUCUGAUGAGACCACAACCCUGAUUGGGCUGCUGAAGACUGCUCGGCUGCUGCGGCUGGUGCGCGUGGCCAGGAAGCUGGACCGCUACUCUGAGUACGGGGCAGCCGUGCUCUUCCUGCUCAUGUGCACCUUUGCGCUCAUCGCGCACUGGCUGGCCUGCAUUUGGUAUGCCAUCGGCAACGUGGAGCGGCCCUACCUGCAGCCCAAGAUCGGGUGGCUGGACAGCCUGGGCGUGCAGCUUGGCAAGCGCUACAAUGUCAGCGACCCUGCCUCAGGCCCCUCGGUGCAGGACAAGUAUGUCACUGCCCUCUACUUCACCUUCAGCAGCCUCACCAGCGUGGGCUUCGGCAACGUCUCCCCCAACACCAACUCAGAGAAGGUCUUCUCCAUCUGCGUCAUGCUCAUCGGCUCCCUCAUGUAUGCCAGCAUCUUUGGCAACGUGUCCGCCAUCAUCCAACGCCUGUACUCGGGCACUGCCCGCUACCACACGCAGAUGCUGCGAGUCAAGGAGUUCAUUCGCUUCCACCAGAUCCCCAACCCGCUGCGGCAGCGCCUGGAAGAGUACUUCCAGCACGCCUGGUCCUACACCAAUGGCAUCGACAUGAACGCGGUGCUGAAGGGCUUCCCCGAGUACCUGCAGGCCGACAUCUGCCUGCACCUGCACCGCGCGCUGCUGCAGCACUGCCCCGCCUUCCGGGGCGCUAGCAAGGGCUGCCUGCGCGCACUGGCCGUCAAGUUCAAGACGUCGCACGCGCCACCUGGGGACACACUGGUGCACUUCGGAGACGUGCUCUCCACGCUCUACUUCAUCUCCCGCGGCUCCAUCGAGAUCCUGCGCCAGGACGUGGUCGUGGCCAUCCUAGGAAAGAAUGACAUCUUUGGGGAGCCUGUUAGCCUCCACGCCCAGCCGGGCAAAUCCAAUGCAGACGUGCGGGCCCUGACCUACUGCGACCUGCACAAGAUCCAGCGGGCAGACCUGCUGGAGGUGCUGGACAUGUACCCUGCCUUCGCGGACAGCUUCUGGAGUAAGCUGGAAGUCACCUUCAACCUUCGGGACGCAGACGGGGGUCUCCAGUCAUCACCCCAACAGGCUCCAGGCAAUCAGGACCACCAAGGCUUCUUCCUCAGUGACGACCAGUCAGGUGAGCCCCCCAAAGCUGGGCCCCAGGCCCCCUCCCAGGGCUACAGCCUUAUGGGUCAUGGAUACCAGACUUCUAUGGAGACAGAACCUCAUACUCCUAGGCAUGCAGGGACAGCCCCUUCCCUGAGCCUCUCAGAUGCAUCUGGCCUCUGGCCUGAGCUGCUACAGCAAGUGCCCCAAAGGCCAAGGCACAGCCCUCCAGACUCUCAGGGAGACCCAGACUGCUGGUCCCGGGAGCUGGGCCCCAGGCUAGAGCAACUCCAGGCCCAGAUGAACCGGCUGGAAUCCCGCCUGUCCUCAGACCUCAGCCGCAUCCUGCAGCUCCUUCAGCAGCCCCUGCCCCAGGGCCACACUGGCUAUAUUCUGGGAGCGUCACCUCAUGACCUGGCCUUGUUUCCUGUGGCCUCAGCGACUCAGAGUCCAGGAACAAGGCUGCCCCAGGGUGGCCUGCCCCCUGCACAGGCCCCAAGCUGUGGUGACUUGGACCUACGUGAGCCGAAGCACAGGAACGCCUCCUCCAGGAUGCCUCACCGGGCCAUGGCCAUGGACAAAACUCUGACACUGUCCUCUGAACUGGAGCAUCCUGAGGGGCUCCUGUCAUCCCUGGACUCACCUCUGCAUCCCCUGGAGGUACAGGGACUCGUCUGUGGUCCCCGCUUCCCCUCCCUCCCGGAAUACCUCGACUCUGUCCCCAAGCAGCUGGAGUUCCCAAGACAUGGCUCAGAUCCUGGAUUUGCAGGGAGUUGGAACCACUGAACCCCAAGACAAAAGACACCAUAAGGGGAUUGACGGUGGGUGAGGUGAGAGUGAAGGAGUUGAGGGAGGCAGAGAGCUGCCAAGACGGACCUCUGAAAAUCAUUCUCUUUGAGUAGCUACAAACCGCUAACCCAGGUGACCCAAGAUGGCAGAAGGGAGGAGGCUCAGGAUUUGUCCCAGCCUCCAGGCCUCUGUUUAGAUAGCAAGCCUGAAGGAGGGGCCAGCACCUUGGGUGUAGAGUUAGCUUACAGGGAGUGGGGUCAGUGAGGAAAAGACAAGUUUCUGAUCUUCUGUGUGAGAGCCUUGCUCUGGGCCCAGUGAAAUCACCUCCUGACUCACAACUAUCCACUGCCUUUUAGCCCAGCACCCCAAAUUGGUCAGACCUCCCCUGUGAGAGCCUGUGCCCUGGCUGGAUAGGCAAGUGUCCUCUGCAGUGGACACAUCAGGGCACAGUGCUCUCACCCUCAGUGGCUCAGUCCCUGAUGGCUUUGUGAUGACCUCUGGGACUCUAGCGGAUGGUGGAGUGUAUCACAGCUAAUAAAGUCUGCACAUUUCACCUUGGGCUGGGUGUGUAACUUACCUGAGGGUGAUUAUGUCCUGGACUCUGCCAUGACUACAAUGACUCGGUUGUCUUCUCCAAGCCCUUCUCACAAAGAGCUAUGUGUUGGGGACUUGAAGGUGGCUCUGCUGGACCCAGGAGCCCUUGAACCAUGGAGCUCUUAGCCAGGGUGGGGUGAAGGGG